UAAAUUAAAAAGCAAAGAAAGAACAAAGGAAGAGAAAGAAAUUUGAUUCCUUUUUUGCUGGAUAAAAUUGGGUCAACUUUGAAGGGAAAGAGAAAAGAGAAGGGUGUUCGAGUUUGUGUUUGUUUUUGAGAAAAGGAAAGCUCAAAGUAGGUGAAGAGAAGAAAAAAAGAAGAGUUUAGUAUUUUUUUUUUCUGGUAGUUUCUUUGUCUCCAACCAAAAGGUUGAGUUUGAAAAUGCAAACGAGGUAUAUGGAGAGGUCGAAUGGUAUGGCAAGAGAGAAGAGAGGUUUGGAUUCGAGUUCCGGUGAUGAAGGACCUGAUAGGAAACGACCUGCUCUUGCUAGUGUCAUUGUUGAAGCUCUGAAGGUGGAUAGUCUGCAGAAACUUUGCUCAUCAUUGGAGCCUAUUCUUCGGAGAGUUGUCAGUGAAGAAGUGGAACGUGCUUUAGCAAAACUAGGUCCUGCCAAGCUUACUGCUAAAAACUGCAGGUCUUCCCCUAAACAGAUACAAGGACCUGAUGGAAGAAAUUUGCAGCUGCACUUUAGAUCCAGGUUGUCCCUCCCUCUCUUUACCGGAGGGAAAGUCGAAGGGGAGCAGGGUGCUGCUAUCCAUAUUGUCUUGGUUGAUGCAAACACUGGUCACGUCGUCACAUGCGGUCCAGAGUCCUCAGUGAAACUAGAUGUUGUUGUGCUUGAGGGUGAUUUCAACAAUGAAGAUGAUGACAACUGGACCCAAGAAGAAUUUGACAGCCAUGUUGUCAAGGAGCGUGAAGGGAAGAGGCCAUUACUAACUGGAGAUCUGCAGGUGAUGCUGGAGGAAGGUGUAGGAACACUAGGGGAGCUAACAUUUACUGACAAUUCAAGCUGGAUUAGGAGCAGGAAAUUCAGGCUAGGGCUAAAGGUUGCCUCUGGCUCUUGUGAAGGCAUCCGUAUUCGUGAAGCAAAAACAGAUGCCUUCACUGUUAAGGAUCACCGAGGAGAACUAUACAAAAAGCACUAUCCACCUUCAUUAAAUGAUGAGGUCUGGAGAUUGGAGAAGAUUGGCAAAGAUGGGUCGUUUCACAAGAGGCUCAAUAAAGCUGGAAUUUUUACGGUUGAAGAGUUUCUACGACUUGUGGUUAGGGACUCACAGAGGCUGAGAAAUAUUCUUGGAAGUGGAAUGUCUAAUAAGAUGUGGGAUGUUCUGGUGGAGCAUGCAAAAACUUGUGUUCUAAGUGGGAAACUUUAUGUUUAUUUCCCUGAUGAUGUGAGGAGUGUUGGCAUAGUCUUUAACAACAUCUAUGAGUUGAGUGGCCUAAUUGCUGCUAAUGGACAAUAUUAUGCUGCUGAUUCUCUUUCAGACAAUCAGAAGGUUUAUGUGGAUGCCUUGGUAAACAAGGCAUAUGAAAAUUGGAUGCAUUUUGUGGAGUAUGAUGGCAAGUCUCUACAAGGCUGUAACGAAGAUGAUAGUGCAGGUGUUUCACAAGCCAAUGUUCCAAUGGAUCCACAAGGCUAUCCAAGUUUGAUUAACCAGCAGCAGACUCUACCAAGCCUGCCAGGUCCAGUUGCUUCAGAGCAGCCUCUCAUGGAUUCUGGUCUAAAUAUUGGAGGUUAUGACGAAAGUAUGGCUGCCAGACUGUCGAUGCAAUCACAAAAUGUACAUCUUAAUGCUCAGAUUCAAUUGAAUGGUGCUUCAUUCACUCUACAGAACCCCUUGGUCAGUGCUUCACAGCAGGUCCAGCUUCCAGGAAACAAUAAUGGGUUAGCACUUGGUCCAUCUCAGUCAUCCAUGCCAGGUUUCCAUGGUGUCGGUACAUCAAAUAUUCCUACUUUCAAGGGAGUCGAGGAUUUCAUCUCAGAGGAGGAGAUUAGAAUGAGAAGUAAUGAGAUGCUUGAAACUGAAGACAUGCAGCAUUUGCUUCAAAUCUUUAACACGGGAAGCCAAAGCCAUACUCCCUUUAAUGCUCCUGAAGAUGGUUAUCCUUAUUCCUCAACAUAUAUGCCCACGCCAUCUCUGACUUAUGGUUUUGAUAAUGAAGCAUCUCGUUCAUCUGGCAAAGCCGUAGUAGGGUGGCUCAAGCUCAAGGCAGCCCUGAGAUGGGGCAUCUUUAUUAGGAAAAAGGCCGCUGAAAGGCGGGCACACCUCGUUGAGUUGGAUGAUUCAUAAAUUUAGCCUCUGAUGUUAACCUGUCUGGAUGUGGUGUUAGUAGGCUUCCUUCCAUCUCCCUGCGUGAUUCUAACCCAACCAGAGCAAAGACCCAAAGACUAGAGUUGUUGCCAGGGUCUUGCGCUUCGAACCCUUGCAUUGCUUGGAUUCUAACUUUGCCAUCCAGGGACCUUUCUGCUUGUACAUUUCUCCACUGUACAGUAAGCUUCCUUCAUAACUAGUAGGGUUUCAGUUCAGGUGGUGUCUUAACGCUGGAGGCUUGAAAUGUUAUCAAGGGGGAACGUCUCCUGCACGAGUCCAAGUAGCAGGUGUAACAGAUGUAUGUUACUACUUUAGAUGACUAUUAUCUCUGCUCUCUAUUUUAUUCUGUUGAUAUCUAACUAAAUAAAGGACAUGUUUAUGUUCCUGACUUGUAACUUAAAAAAAUAAAUGUUAGUGGCAGUGAUAACAUUGCCUGAGCAAAAUCUCACUGCUGCAUGAUGGAACUAUGUUUUUAUUUAAUCCAGAGCUUUCUUCCUGUGUUACAAUGGCGGUUCAUAUUCUCCGUUGUGGCUACAAUGCGGAAGCUCUGUUUGAUGGAAAUCAUUUUCACGGCUGGAUGGUGCAUGUGUAAUGGCUACAAUGAAAUACUAGUCUAUACAUUAUUGGAGGAUGGAGUUUGGCCAGACAGCACAUUAAAGAGGAUUGGUCCAACCAUAGUUAAUUAUAACAGGAUGCUGUCGUCUGGUCCCUGCCAUGUGAUUUCAAGCCAUCCUUUAACGCCCUUUCAUUUUCUAUCAAUCUCUCCGUCGCUAUCUGCUUAUCCUCUACGGUACAAACGCCAAACCUGGGCGGGAGGAAGCUGCCAAAUCGAACGUGUGCUUACAGCUUAUCAUGAAGAUUGUUGGUAAAAAAUACAGGUGAGGGUAACUGAAAUGUAGAUAUGAAACAGCUAUGAUUUGAAUCGUUUUAAUAUUCAAUUAUAUGCUUGCUGAAAAUAAGCCAUUCAACAGAUCCUUUCUUCAAAUUAAAAUUUAAAAUCGAUGAUUAUGGCAAACAUCAAAAUCAUCACAAAACCUGUUUUGACGAAAGUAAAAUAUAAUAUAUCCACCAAUUGCUGACAAUUUUGAACCACAGAGAAAAUAUUGGGGAAAAAAAUGCAAUUAAACUAAACUACAAGGGUUUCCUCCACAAAUUAGCCCAAAAGAUAAUCAAAACUGAGACUGGCAAAGAGACAAGAAUACGAGUGGCCUACGAGUACUUUCGAUGUUCCUCCGCAGAUAGCCUACCACUUACAUAAGCAGUUCAGAACUGGUCCGAACCUUAACAAUUUUCUCAAAGGCGUCAAAUGGUCUGGCUCCUGUUUUCUCACUAGUUCUGAGGACAAUACAUCCAUCGAUAUAUGCAUCCCUAGUUGCAGCGUAUUCUAUCAUAGUAACAUUGAGAUUUCACAUGUCACUCAUCAUCUUAUUUACUCUAUUCGUAGCAAUCCGACUUAAAGGAUCUGUGUAGUUGUUUCUUUGAAUAUUUUAAUGUAUCGGUUUCAUUCUUAAGUGUCAUUUUCAUAAUUACUGUACAUUUGUCACAUUUAAUACAAGGAUAACAGCUAGUUGAGCAAAAUAUUG